CCAAAACCUCCAUUGAAAUCGGUUGUGCUGUGCUGUGCGCUAGUGAAAAAUCGCCGAACUAACAUUAUUACCUUAAAAACAGCGGCCCAAACAAAACAAAAAUACGUAGCAUUGCCAAAACACAAGAAAAACAACAGAAAGAGCAACAAAAUGGACAGACAUACUGUCAAUUGAAAACAAACAAUACAAUGAAGUUUUAUUUUUGGAUCAGUUGGACUCUCGGCAAGUAAAGAGAUUCAGUGCAGCGCAAGCAAACUACAAGAAGGAACCCCUUUUCUCAACAAUUUCACAAUAAAUUAGAGAUAUAUACACGGAUUAUAUAUAUACUUGUUAAAUUUUUGGACUUUGAUCGACUUACUCACGUGAAAUGGCCAAGUUAAUCAUUUUUUGCUGCUUUUUGUGGAACCUCAAGGCAUUGGCUCUGCCAAUUAUUGAUCCAGAUAGCUACCCAGAGGAGAUGUGUCCCCCUUGUCUGAACGAUUUACCCAUUUGCGGCAAUGUUAUCGUCGAGGUGCAAAGGGGAAAUGGACUUCCCGGUAGCUGUUGUCCUCGCUACGAAUGCCGCGAUGAAGAACCCGUCUGCGAUGGCUCAAAAAUGAGAUUCUAUAAGAACAAGUGCACCGUAUGCGAUCCCUGCGAACCACUAGCAAUUCAAUGCAAAGAAAUGUGUGCACUGGAAGAAGAAAUACCCCUUUGUUUAACGGAUAACAAUGAGUACAAGGAACUUGGUGAUGUCUGGAAAGAAGAUAAUGGUUGCACAACUGCCACUUGUCAAGGUGGAUUAUCCCGUAUGGUAUCCCGUGAAACUGUUCAAUGCAAUCAUGAAUAUCCAUGCAGUAAUCCGAUUGCGAUCAAGGGAAUAUGCUGUUUAGUUUGCCCGGAGGAACUCGAUGAAGAUGGUUCCUAUUAUGGUCAUAUACCAUUUGAUGGGACAACCCAAGGUUCCGAAAUUAUCGGAGAUGAUAAUAGCGCUGAGGAAAUUACUAUUAAAUAUAUUAACUCUACGACGUCAACUGAAAUUCCUACUCCGAUUUCGGAUGAAGUCGAGUCCUCCACUUCGGUAAACAGCUCCACUUCACCAACUGAAAGUUCUACUCUCGCUUCGGAAGCAAGCGAAUCGUCCAGCGUAGUCAAUAACUCCACUACAUCCACUGAAAUGUUCACACCCACUCCGAUCACAAGUGAAUCAACCAGUACCGGUAUUACAAAUACAGAUUCCAGUUCUGAAUCCCUUGGAGUUAUGGUCUCUUCCGAAUCGCCGGAUCUCAAACACCCAGAAGAAGAAGAAACUUCUAGCUCCGAUAUUCCAACUGAGACUACCACAAAUCCAACUACAGCCGACGAUCUUGAAACUUCCAAAGGUUCGAGCAGUUCGAUUGAAACUUAUACUAAUGAUGGUAUUACCAAAAUCGAUUUAAGUGCUGACAAAACUACGGAUAAGAAAAUUGAUAUAUCCACAGAGACGGCUAAAAUUAAUUUCUCUGUGAUGACCGAUAGUCCCAUAACCAAUCAGCCCGGAGCUUUGGCGCCUGAAUCCACCAGUCAAGUUAAGGAUCCCAACGAUACAGAGGUCCUUCGUAUAAAAUCGCACCAUAACUAUGUUGCUGUGCCUCAGGAGCAAAUAAAACAUGAUUACACAUGGAUUUUCGGAGGCGCUAUAGUUGGAGUACUGGUGGCUUUAAUUAUAACUUACUGGAUAUAUAAGAGAUGUUACUCGACCAAGAAAUAUGAUAUCAUCCCAGGGAGAGAGUUGAGCUCUUAUGUGAAUGUGAGAUGUAAGGAUACAAAAGAAAACGAAGGACUAGUUGUGAUUCCAGCACAGACAAACUCAUAGGUUGCCAUCUCAGUUUAUCUUUUCAUAUUAAGACAUAUUGGUGGCAUGUCACAGAUGGAAACCAUUUUAAAAUGAAAUGAUAUUUUUCUCUGUGUGAUUUACAUCCUCCCGCAGACUGAUUUUUGAUCUUAAAAAUCUUUCAUCUAGCUUCGACUAGAGGAAAUUAUACCAAAAUAGUGGAAGAAGUCUGCAUGUUAAUACUACUUAGGCAAAAAAACUAACUUCGUCGUGAGUCAGGAGAGCAUUUUAAACUAAUUUCGCAGAAUUUAAGGACAAUCUACAGACAUUGAAAGCAGCCAAGCCGUUGGAUCAACCUCUUGCAUUAGCACACAACUCGAUCUUAAGACUAUGCUCAAAUCAAUAAGUAGCGAUCUAUUUAAGCACUAAGACACCAUACGUUAAUGUGAUAGUUUUAAAUAGCAAAAGCGAGAAAAUCUGUUAGGGAAUACAAAAGUAAUUGUAAUUGGAAAGUAUUAGUAGGAAACUCUUUAGUUUGAUUGUACAUUAUAAUUACCGUACAACCAGAAUUGUAGCAUUAGAGUUAUUAUAUAUAAAAAAAAACUCGCGCACUCAUUCAAUACUAAAUUAUUAUACGUACAUACCUAGUUGGUUCCCUAAAAACGCAUCAACUAUGUACAUUCAUUCCUUUAUAACCAUUUUAUUAUUAUAUUUACGACACAAAAAGCAUGAAAAAUAAAGAGAAAGAAGCCAAAGCUAAACGAAAAC